GAUGAGUAUGUUGAGUUAGGAACUAUAAGAUCAAGGUGAGCAAAGAGUGUUUUUGUUAUAUAUAUAUAUACACAUUAUAUAUAGUUUUGAAAGUUCUCCCUUUAUUUUUUUAUUUUGACACAGCGGUAUUUUACACUAAUUGAAUGUACAUCGAGGGAGAACUAACACACUGCCUUCAUCAACUACCCUAACCCACAUUUGCGUGUGCUUUAUUCUUGAUUUGGGUAAAACUUCAAAGUAGCAUUCACUUUUACCCCCAAAAAAAAAAAAUUCACUGAAAGGUAUAAUAAUGUGUAACAAAUUGGAUUCGAACAGCCCACGCGGCCAGACCCAACAAAAACCGCAAACACAUUGAACUUUGUAGAUCGAAUCGACGGUGCCGAAGUGUCACUCGCACUCGAGCAAACGGACCGUCUCACUGGGUUCCUUCUUCCUUCUCUCCUCAGCCUGCUUGCGCGGUUCCACCUCUCUCCUCUUCUGCAGAAUGGCAAGGUCGCUUUCAAAGUUGCUCUGCAAGGGAAUUUCAUUUUCAGGCUCGGCUGCUCGUUGUGCCAUAAUUGCUCCUGGAUCUUUUUAUAUCAAUGGAAUGAGAUACUCGGCCACAGUGCCGAAUGAGCCUGACGCACAUGAUGAUUUUAAGCCCACUAAUAAGCUUGAGAAUUCUGGCCUUACAUUGAAGGACCUUGUUGAACAGGAUGUCAAGGACAAUCGUGUAAUGCUUUAUAUGAAAGGGGUGCCUGAUCUUCCUCAAUGUGGCUUCAGUUCACUUGCAGUAAGAGUGUUAAAACAAUACAAUGUUCCUUUGGGUGCCAGGAAUAUCUUGGAAGAUCCUGAACUGAAAAGUGCUGUAAAAGCCUUCAGCCACUGGCCAACGUUUCCGCAGAUAUUCAUCAAGGGGGAGUUCAUUGGAGGGUCAGAUAUAAUUCUCAAUAUGCAUCAGACUGGUGAGCUCAAGGAAAAGCUUCAGGAUAUUUCAGCCAAUCAAGAGAAGUCUGAAUAAGUUGUUGAAUUUGAAUGGCAGAUGACAUUUCAUCCAUGUGACAUCAAGUUUAAUAAAUGUCUCUUUCAUCCGCAAUGCAUUACAUAGUGUUCAAGUGAGAUUUGUUUUAAAUUGAAUCUCUCUAUACAUUUACAGUGCGUUUGGAUGAGGAAAUUUAAAAGUACAAAGGAUUUCAUAAAUGACGGAAUUUAAAAUAACGGAAAUUAAUGUUCUA